ACGCAGCCGCGCUUAGCCAAUGUCAGGCUGCACAGGGAGCAGCAGCAGCACCGGGAGGAAGAGGAGGAGGAGGGCGCCUUGUACGCACGGCAUGUAAACAAUACAUGUAAGUUAGCAAAUAAUGCUGAGUGGGAGCCGCAGCCCGAGGUGCUGAAGUGGAUCGGGAGCUCCCCAGCCUGGACUUCUCCCCACACCCGUCUUCCAGCGGGAGGGAGGGCCGGAGCCAGGCCCCGAGGGCGCGUGGGGAGCGCGGCGGCGGCUGCAGGGAGCGAGCGAGCGAGCAUGGCUUUCCAGCAGCUGGCGGACGUGGCGGAGAAGUGGUGCUCCAACACCCCCUUCGAGCUCAUCGCCACCGAGGAGACGGAGCGGAGGAUGGAUUUCUACGCCGACCCCGGCGUCUCCUUCUACGUGCUGUGUCCGGACAGCGGCUGCGGGGACAAUUUCCAUGUGUGGAGUGAAAGUGAGGACUGCUUACCUUUCCUGCAGUUGGCACAGGACUACAUCUCUUCCUGUGGUAAAAAGACACUCCAUGAAAUACUGGAAAAAGUCUUCAAAUCUUUCAGGCCUUUACUGGGGCUUCCAGAUGUCGAUGAUGAUGCAUUUGAAGAAUAUAACGCAGACGUGGAAGAGGAGGAACCAGAAGCCGAUCACCAACAAAUGGGUGUCAGCCAGCAGUAAUUAUCUGAGGAAUUAAAAGAUCUUAAUCCCUUGGUACCAGGUGGGGUCAUGUGCUCCUGCAUUAGCAUUUUUGAAUUAGCGCAUCACAUGGGAAAUAUGGCUCCCAGAAUCAAAGUUUAAAAAAAAAAAAUACAUAAAUAUCUCUGUGAUGAGCUUUGCUAAGAAGUGACCUGAAUUUCACUCCUGUUUCAGUGGGGUUUCUAUGGAGUUGUCUUGGUAGCAUUCUGCCAUCAUUAAUUUAGAACUAGUUUUGUCGCUGACUGUCUCUUUGACUUGUGUUUUGAGAAUAACAUUCACUGACAUGAAUGUAGAGUACUUUGAAUGUAGUAACUGUUGAAUAGUGUGUGAAGUACUCACAUAUGACCUUACGGAGGAAAAUGAAUGCAGAGAAUAAAUGCAAUCUGCACUUUUAGUUUUAAUUCAACAAUUUUUUUAUUUUUAUUUUUUUGCUAUACUACCAGUCAGAGUAUCAAACUGUGAGAGAUUAUGCCUGUAAAGCACUAGUUUCAUAGUGGUUAAUAUUGCAGAAGUGCACAUAAAGAGUGAACAAAAAUAAUUACUUAGGAGGGACAAAAUUUAGGCAAAUGCUUGUGCAGCACAUUUUAGUGUUUCUUAACACCACCUGAAUGUACAGGUGCUGGGUUAAUCACUGGGCAUAAUUAGGACAUUUGUGUGAUCAGUGCACAUGAUGAUACACAUUGGUACUUUGAUGCAAUCUGUUCCAAAGCCAAAUACUGUUUUAAUAGAAAUUAAAUGAAUUUAAAAUUUCCAUUGCGUAUUCUCCUCCUGCACGAAAAUCAACCUUCAGCUUCGCUGGCUUUAAUAAAACAACAAUUUCAUUCAAAUCUUGCAGCAUCCUGAAUUAAAGUGCAACUUAACUUUGAAGCCCUAAUCGUAUAAACCAGCACCUGGCUCUUCAAGUUAUAAUGGAAUCCGCUUCUUCACACUGGGCCUUGUUCUUCAGUGUCUUGUACCUUGUGUAGCUAUUCAUACUUGUCAAAGUGGGUGUAAAAUGCUACCAAACCAGAAUGGUAGGGCCUGAUUCUCAUUCUCACUAAGGCCCCUUUACAUUGUUCUCGCUGUGUAAAAAGGUCUUGAAGGGAGCACAGAUGUAAUUUAUGCCCACUUUAAGGUCCCUUUACAUUGCCUAGGGUGGGUCCUCAGCUGGUGUCAAUUGCCUGUGGAAUGAUGACAGUUUCCAUCAGCUGAUGACCUGUCCCCCAGAGUGGUGGAAGGGGGUUUUAGAGUAAAUUAAAGUAAGACCCAUAAUAUUUUACACCUCAUUUGCCCAGGUGUAAGUGACUCUCAAGUGAGUGUCAGAUGGUGAAACAACAGGACCUCUUUAUUUACUCACCUUUUAUUCUGAAAAUGUAAGAAAAGAAGGGAUUCCAUUCUCGUACAGCAAUUUUCCACUAUCUAGGAAAGUAUUUCUAAAUGACUGUUUGGUUUUUAGACAACUUUUUUAAAAACACAAAAUGUAGGUCACAAACGUCAAAGCCCUUUAAUACAGCAUUAGCUUUAUAAAAAUUAACACUUAGUGAAGAAAAAAUGCUUGGACAACUCUCAGAAACAACUGACACUCUUUUAAAAACCCUGUUAUUAGCAGUAUCUCCUAUUGGAUAUGUAUGUAUUGGAAAUUGUUUUAAAGGCUAGUUAAAGAGUUAAUUUUCUUGGUGAUUUGUGUGUCUGAUGAAGGCUUAGGGGAUGCAUAACACUUAAUUUUCUAACAGAGGCAAAACUUUCUGUAACCAGGAUGGAAAAUGGUAUUUGAAUAUGCACAGAAGUGUCUGCAACACUGUAAAAGUCUGAGUUUAAGAAUAUCACAAAAUAGACAAGAAACCGAGCUUAAUGAAACUUUGUACAUUCUCUUGGCAUGCAGGCAUAAAUAUGAUAGUUGCAACACAUUUUCUAUGGACUAGUGGUGUGAGAACUGUGGCAGUUCAUUGUAUAACACUGUACAGCAGUAAUAGGCUUUUUGCUUACCAAAAUAAAGUGUAAUACCAGUGGUUUCCAUCCCUGCUUUAAGUACCCAAGUUUUUCUUUCCUUUCCAUCUAAAAGAGACUUGUCAUAACUUUACACAGGGGCGUCCUUCAGAGGAGCUUUUUGGGGUUACUUCCUUAGGAGCUGAUCCUUUGAUUCCAGCUCAUACAAAUAGACCUUUUGGGGCAGAUUUUCCUCUGCUUUGAAGCUAAAGCAGUGCAUUGUUUGCACCUAUGCAAGGUGAGUAUAAAAUACUACCAUUCUGAUUUGCUAACCAUUUAAACCAAUUUUGCAUAGGUGCAAAUGACUAUGUACAUAGCUUCUGAUUCUCCCUUACAUUAAGGCUCCUUCGCACUGCUCUAACAGGGGUAUAGAUGUAAUUUGCAGGAAGCUUAAUGCAAAUGAGAAUCAGGCUGUUUGACUACAAUGGGACUAUUUCUGUGAGUAAGAGCUACUUGAGUGAGUGAAGGCUGGAGGAUCCAGCCCUUGUGAACUACAUACAAUGGAGUUGUAAUAUAGUCUGACUUUGCCACCUUUGCCUGCAUUUUGAUAGACUCUGAGCUGCAAAUGAGUAGUUGAGCAUUAAUAUGGUUAUAAGCAAAGAUGAAGCUGUAAAUUAUGAAGAUAGAUAUAUUAUUUCCUGUAUUCAUUUAUGUGUUUUUAUUUUGAACAUCAUAUGCCAUGUGAGUGACUUCUGCAACUUGCCUGGGGUCCUAGCCUGCAGCUUUCACUCCCCUUAAACUCCCAUUGAAGCCAGCAAGAGUUUUGCCCAUAUAAGGACUGAAAAUCAGGCUCCUGAAAGGGCCUAGUCCUGCAAAGUGCUGAACCCCCUUGUCUCCGAUUGAUUUUGCUGGGAGGUGAGCAUGUUGAGCCACUGCUGGGUCAGGCUACUACCAUGCACCAUUUAAAAUAAACUGGAAUUUUAUAUAGAGAGGAUAAAAUAUAAAUUUACAUGUGUCUUAAAUGUUGAAUGAGCAUUAAUAGAGAAUGUAUUUUAUCAAAAAUACUGGUUUCUUAGACUUUGACCAUAUCCGUUUCUGUGUUGUUAUGGUAUUGUUUCUUAUUUAUCAAACAAUCCAAGAAAUGCUGAAUUAUCUAGUGGGACCACAAGGGUUCCAAACUUUUUACUAUUUUUUUUUCCUUCUCACUUCCCUUGUCUGAGUUGGAAUUAUUAGCCACUUACCCAGUAAGUAAAAGGAGGAGUUAUGGCCCAGUGGAUAGAACACCGCCUGAGAUCCCAGUCCUGCAAACACACGUGGAUAAGAGCUUGCAGGGUGGGAGCCUGAGUUAGGGAAUCUGGGGUUUCUUAUCAGCUCUGCCACUGAUUUACUCUUGACUUUAGGUGAGUCACUGGGGUUUUCAGGGGAGCCUGUGAGAGUUAUGCAUCCAGAUCCUGGUGAAAUUCAGUGGGAAAUGGGUGCCUAACUCCUGUAUUUUCCUUUGAAAAUCUCUUAGUCUCUAAGGUGCCACAAGCACUCCUCGUUGUUUUUGCUGAUACAGACUAACACGACUACCACUCUGAAACCUGAAUCUUGUACUUCAGUUUCCCAACCUGUAAAAUGAAGAUGAUAGUAAUGUUUACUCACCCAUAUAAAGUGCUUUUCGAUCUAGGGAUGAACACUGAUAAAUAUUUUAUUAUUGCCCGUCCUCAAAUCAGAAUGUUGGUGAAAAGACAGUAGAAAAGAAUGGGCAAAAACAGUCUUUUUUUUCCAUGUAUAGAUUUGAUUUUCUAACUAAAUAUAAAUGUACCAGAACAGAGACUCUCAGACCUGGCUCUUUUGAAUCCAAGUUGCACUUUUGCGAUGAGCAGAGUGCUGUGUGGGGAGAUUCAGAAAUAGGUGGAACGUCAGGAAAAAAGGAAUCGGUUUUAUAAAUAUUACAACUAUGUUUUGGUGGGGUGAGGGUAGCGCAGGGCAAGAGAGUAGAAUGACGUCUUUCAGAAAAAAUGCCAGGAUUUCUGAGAGAUCUUAGACUUCGCUCCAAGCAGUCUGCUUCUGGAUCCCAUGCAGUCCAUAAAGAAACUGCUACAUGUUCCUAUAAGGCCUCAGUCAGAGGUGUAGUUCUGUGUAGGUUAAAAUUAGCAUAAUGAUUGAUAAACGUGGGGGUGACAAGGGGGAGGGAUGGAGAAAAGAUUAACUUGGGGCUUGUCAACACUACAGGCACUAUAGUGACACAGCUGUGCUGCAGUAGCUAUGCCACUGUAGCAUGAUAGUGUAGAUGCUUCCUAUGUUGAUUCAUAGAUUCUAGGACUGGAAGGGACCUCGAGAGGUCAUCGAGUCCAGUCCCCUGCCCUCAUGGCAGGACCAAAUACUGUCAGACCAUCCCUGAUAGACAUUUAUCUAACCUACUCUUAAAUAUCUCCAGAGAUGGAGAUUCCACAACCUCCUUAGGCAAUUUAUUCCAGUGUUUAACCACCCUGACAGUUAGGAACUUUUUCCUAAUGUCCAACCUAGACCUCCCUUGCUGCAGUUUAAGCCCAUUGCUUCUUGUUCUAUCCUUAGAGACUAAGGUGAACAAGUUUUCUCCCUCCUCCUUAUGACACCCUUUUAGAUACCUGAAAACUGCUAUCAUGUCUCCUCUCAAUCUUCUCAUUUCCAAACUAAACAAACCCAAUUCUUUCAGCCUUCCUUCAUAGGUCAUGUUCUCAAGACCUUUAAUCAUUCUUGUUGCUCUUCUCUGGACCCUCUCCAAUUUCUCCACAUCUUUCUUGAAAUGCGGUGCCCAGAACUGGACACAAUACUCCAGUUGAGGCCUAACCAGCACAGAGUAGAGCGGAAGGCUUUUUCCAUCACUGUAGGAACUCCACCUCCCUGAGUGACAGUAGGUAGGCAGACUGAAGCAUUCUAACUGGGGGUUCAUAGCUAUGCUUUUCUGGGCUCAGAGGUGUGGGUUUUUCACACCCCUGAGUUCUGUAGCUAUGUUGACCUAAAUUUUAAGAGUAGACCAGGCCUAAGAGACCUUUUUUUCCUGGCGUUGGUAUUUAUUUAUUUGUAUUGUGGUAGCAUAGGAGCUCCAGCCAUGGACCAGGACUCCAUUGUGCUAGGAGCUGUCCAAACACAGAACAAAAAGACCCCAAAGAGCAUGCUCUGGAUACAGGCAACUAAUUUGAGAGACAAACUAAAUUCUUUGUUCACGGACACAGAUGUGGGGACUAACAACCCCACCACGCACGGUCGUAAUCAGUAACUUGAACCUCUCAGGAUCGCCCUGUCCAAAUCGCGAGCCCUAUCCUGUAUUAUUUCUCAGCUAGUCAGUUCCCCCCACACACACACACUUUGGGUAGCUCUGUGCCUUUGAAAUUUGUAAGCUCAUAAAAUGCAAUUUUUGCUGAAAAUAAUUGUAGCUAGUUUCCCUUUGUCAGUGGCCUGCGCACAUACUAUUGUGAUUUCACCCUGUGUUGCAGGACAUGCUGUUUGAGUCGGGGGAGCAGGAGUGGAGAAGGUGUUCUGCAGCGAAGCAGCUUGUGGCAUAUCCAGCCCCAGCUGUAGUUACUUCUUAAUAAGCUGUGAAAAGCCGUCCCAAGGGUCCAUUACAGUCAAAGUAGUUUGCAGAUGACUGUUUCACAGAAGCAGUGAAUAGCUGUCCAAUUUCUCUCAUUAAAGAGUACUUUUAGUAAUGUUUUACCAGGACCCAAGACUGAAGCACACUGGUCAAGGUUUGAUGGUAAGUGACUAGUGAUUUUGGGUGUCCAGACUGAGACAUCUUAAUGAGGCUUGAUUUCCAGGAAAUGCUGAACACCCAAUCUUUCAAAAUCAUGUCCCUUCAAGAUGUCCCAUCUUGGGCACCCAAAAACAAAGGCAUCUGAAAUUACUAGUCACUUGAAAAUCUUCCUCAGCCUGGGGUUCAAGCUCUGAAGAUUGAGUAGCUAAGGAAGCAGGCACUUUGUAUCCGGUGUCUGUGUGCAUCCGAAGAAGUGGGCUGUAGUCCACGAAAGCUUAUGCUCUAAUAAAUUUGUUAGUCUCUAAGGUGCCACAAGUACUCCUGUUCUUCUUUUCGUGUGUACUCUGUUCUGAAUUGUGUUGAACAAAGGGGGGCAUUUUAUUGUUUGGUUUUUAAAUCUAGCAAAGCCCUUCUCUUCCAACCCACUUCUACAAUAUGAUUUCCCAGUUGGAAAACCAUGGUCCUUGAUUACUAGGCAGGAGUGACUGAAGGAAGUGAAGGUGUUAAAUCCUAACAGGCUCUGUGUGGGUGGAUUCCCUGAAGUCAUUGGGAGUGAAGGAGAGUUAUGCAUUCUCUAUGAGCGAAGGAAUAAGAUUGGGGCCUAAAUUUCCAAAGGGGGUUAUUACAAUAAAAACACACAAUGAGACACAUCAUUCUCCCUAGAGUUCCUCAAUACCUAAAUAUCAAGUCCUCUCUGAAACCAGAAACUGCCCCUUUUAGGAUUUAAUCAGACUUGGUCUGAAAUUUACCAGAUUGCAUUGUUGGUAUCUGAUGUCCAUGGCAGAUGCACAUUGCACCCUGUAGGAGGAGAUUUGUUUAAGAGCCCUACCUCCAAUGACCAGUUCAGUGUGCUAAAUUGUCGGUCAAAUGCAUUACGUUGGGAUUUUUUAACAUCACCUGUUUUAUUAUUUCUAAAGGGUAUUAUGCAUAAAGGCACAGCUACAUUAUUACAAGCUCAAGUUUAAAUAAAGCCAUGUAACAUUGCUUCAUCAGUCAGAGCUCAGUUGUAAGCAGGAACUUAUAGAGUAUCACAAAUGGUGUUCAUUUGUCUGUAGAAAAAAUUCUUUAAGCUAGCCAGUACUGACCACAGGAAAGCUACACCAGUUUCAUGUAAAAUACUUUGAGCUUUUGAAAUUCCCUUUCUGUACUGGCCUACUGUUAUUUAUGUAGACAAAGAUAUGUGGUAACAUUGCAUGUAAAGGAUGUCUACUUUCGUCUUUAGGGAGUAGGGGAAUAAAUGUCAAAACUGGAGUUCAGUCUAAAUCAAUUUUUGUUGUCAAGUUUUACUCUACUAAUGUUAGGCUCAAUCCAGCCAGCAACAUAUCAAGCAGAAAUAACGAGCUAUUUGCCAUGCAAAACUGUUUUUAGUGUGGUUUUUCUCAUUUUCUUGCUGGAAGAUUUGUCUCUGUUUGUGACUACAAAGCUGUGAAAUGGGUUGCCAAAAGAUGUUGCCCUUUUGUUAAAUGCUUUAAAAGGUGUGAACUUUCAAUGGAACCCUGUCUAUUCUUCCAUUCCUACUUUUUCUCCCCCGACACCUAGGCAUCAAAUCCAACAAUGUAGUUACACCAUAAGCUUGCCAUUAAAGAGCUUACCAAACUUU